UAAAUCGCAUUUGGCGUCCGACGGGUACCCCCCUUUCCCCUUCAUCUUCCCUCCUCUGCCUCCCUCCGGAUCUUCCGAGCACUCACCGAUUUCCUCCGGCGCGACUCGAUUUCUCGGUCCAAUUUGGUCUUCCGUCCCAAGAUGGAUCGCUUUCUUCAAUGGUUCGACCAAAGUGGUUGUGGAAGUGGCGGAUCUCUCGUUUUCGGCCUGGAUUUGUUCUAGCUGGCGAAAAGAGUCUCUCUUUACCUUUGAGGUGGUUUCAGUGCGUCCGAACAUAUUUCAUCUCGUGAGAGCAUUUUCUUGCCUGAGAAAGGUGAUCCAUGGAGUAUGGCCCUUAUGAUAGUAGCGGUGUUCAUUACUUGGGGGAGUUGGGUGUGGAGGCUUGCUUGAUUAGCUCGGAUAGUUAGAACUGAUGAUGAUCUUCCACCAUCUCAUUAUAAUAGGGGUGCAAGAGGAGUAUGUGUGAAUGGGAAUGGAAGAGCGAUGAUUGGUGCUAUUCCAUAUGCUAACAUACCAAAUGAUAUGGAAGUUCAAAUACAUCGGCUCGAGCAAGAUGCAUAUAGUUCAGUUCUUCGAGCGUUUAAGGCUCAAUCUGAUGCCAUUACUUGGGAGAAGGAAGAUCUUAUAACUGAGCUCAGAAAGGAGCUGAGAGUAUCAGAUGAGGAACACAGAGAACUAUUGAGCAGGGUUAAUGCCGAUGACAUUAUUCAGAGAAUAAGAGAAUGGAGGCAGGCAGGUGGACUCAAAACUGGAAUGCUUGGUAAUGCUCAACCAGAUGUAGCAGCGCCUAAUGUUUCAGCAUCUCAAAAGAGGCAGAAGAUAUCUCAGCCUAUAUCUACUGUCUCAGUAGGUGCACCAUCUCCUGCACUGCACUCACAACUUGCUGCUUCCAUGCAGCCUUCAUCAUCAAUUGCAAAAAGGGGAGCUGCUGCAGGAACCAAAUCCAAGAAGCCUAAAUCAGGUUGGACAUUAUCCGGUGCAUCUUCGGUGAAAUCCAUGCAGUACCCUUCUGCAGGUCCUAGUGGAAGGGUCCAAAUUUCCAAUAGGAAAUAUUCUGUUGCUUUUGCAGCAGGUGAAACUCCUGAGCCAGCAUCACUCGAUCCACUAAUUGGGCGGAAAGUCAUGACUAGAUGGCCCGAAGAUGAUAAUUUUUAUGAAGCUGUUAUAACUGAUUAUAAUCCACUUGAGGGUCUGCAUGCUUUAGUUUAUGAUAUUGGCACGGACAAUGAGACAUGGAAAUGGGUCAAUCUCAAAGAGAUUUGUCCAGAAGAUGUAAGAUGGGAGGGUGAGGAUCCAGGUAUCACUCAUCAGUCUGGUCAAGGUCCACCACAUCAUGGGGUUAAGAGGACCACAGGCCACGGUGGUGGAAUUCCAGGUGCAGGAAGGGGAAGAGGAUCCCUGAAGAGUCAGACGAAGAGAGAUUUUCCCCCAUCCCAAAAUGGCAAUGCGAAGAAGAGCACUGGUGAUAUUGAAAUACUCCACACUGAAACUCUAAUAAAGGAAGUAGAGAAACUUCUUGGUGAAAGUCAUAUUGAUACUCUCGAGAUUGACAAAGCCAAGAAAAUGUUGAAAGAGCACGAACAGGCAUUGAUGGAUGCAAUUGCAAGGCUAGCAGAUGCAACUGAUUGUGAGAGCCCCAUUGCGGCAUCUUGUUUUGCAGAAGAGGCCAAGCACCAGUUCUCACAUGGCCAACCCGUCGACCGUGAUCGAGAAUGAACCGGAAGAACCAACAUGAAGCUAAUUACAACAAUGACAUGGCUGUCAAUUGCAGAGAAAGAUAUGAGGACGACUGAAUGGUUGCACGCUGCGCUGUAGCCUUUGGUUUACCAACACGAUGGCAAUGUCAGUGACAUGUAACUUGUGACCAACCAGUAACGAAGCUACCACCACCUAGGAUGUCGAAGGUGGCCCUAGGUAAUGUAAAACGCCCUUGCUAUUACGCAUGGACUAUUAAUGGUGUCUUCAUCUUUCGAGGAACACAUUUCUCGUGCAAGGGAUUGUCUUUUUACCAUCGCAA